AUGAGGUUUGUUUUGGUCGCUUUGUUCCUUGGCGUGGCGUACGCCCAGCACAGCCCUGAAGAAAACAUUGGWGUUGAUGAUCCAAAUCUUUUYGAGGGUGACAUGAUUUUAACSGAUGAACAGCGUUUAGCUGCUAGAAUGGGUUUGGAUGUGGACGCACCUUCAACUUCAGCCAGAAAAGGUAUAAGGAACCGUCGAUGGCCAGGAGGAAGACGAGCGACUAUUACCGCCAAGCAAUCGGGUGUUAGACUUGGUAACUACAAAAAUCUGAGCAAAAAUGACAUAAAACUUAUGAACCUGAUGUACGAGUGCAGCGGUGGUGGUGGCGGCGGUGGUGGUGGUGGGGUAGAACCUCCCCCACCUCCUCCUCCCCCUCCCCCACCAGGAAACUGUAAGGACACAGGAAGGUAUUGCUCUUACCACGUACCAAGAGGCGAUUGCAAGAGAAUGCAGAUCGUCAGGGAAAAAUGCAGGAAGAGCUGUGGCUUGUGUUAGAUCUAUAAAGACACCGUGAUAUGUUUUUAUGAUUUGUGAUCAAACUGAUGAAUAAAUAACUGUCUAAAUGCUA